UCUCAUCUUUCUGAAAAUAAAUAAUUCGUUGGCCGAAGUUUGGCAUCUGCCUGGUUUUCCCCGCAUACCAUUCAGAUUGAAAGCUUUUCCUCUCGGUCGCAGCGCACUCUCUGCGUCUCUCUCUAAUCUCGUUUUAAUCUGCUUAUUCUCUAUGCUCAAUCUCGCUUCAUCUCCAAUGAAAAUAAUAGAAGAAACUGCCCAUGCCAUGAAAGAGAAACGAUCUCUACCCGAAGAGGCAGAGGCGUUCCCCACGCUUGCGUCUGCCAACACUUCGUCAUUGCAUGCAAACGCACUUGUGCAACCGCUUUCUCCUAAUCUGUUUAGAGUGAUGCGUAUUGUCUCUGAUCAGGAAGAUCACAGCGUUGUUGAAAAGAUUCAGCUUCCACAAGAUGAGGUUCUAAGCCUCUGUAAUAAACUUGUACCCUCUUCUGCCUCGGCUUUCUUUGGGGAACCCCCGCGGGUUCAUAUCAAUUUCAAUUCACUAAAUCAACUAUGCUUGCCGGCGGUCGGGUUCUAUGGAGAUAAAAACAUGAUCAUAGCAGCUUUCCGCAAAGAAAGUCUCGUGGAUUAUUCCGUUCUUGCCGUGAUGGAAGGAGGACUGUUUGAAGCAGGAUUAUACGUAAGUCUUCCAGAUAAGGUAAGCUGCGUAGUAGUUUUUUACUGGCAUGAAGGUGAGCAAUUGAAGCAGGCUUCUAGAAAAGAUGUGUCUUGCAAUUUCAUCAGAUACCUGGUUGAGCUAUGCGAUAGCGUAUAUGUUUGUGCGGAAGGGAGCUAUCCUUUUGAAGCUCUGGCUGCCUCUGCAGGAACUGCUAGCUCAAUAGCUAAGCCUAGUAGAAGGAUUCAAGAAUCCAGUGUGAAGAACUCGGAGAAUGAUGUGGAGCUCUUGCCUGGUUAUAAUGUAAGAAUUGACGGAGGGAAUAGUAAAAAGUCUUCUUUAGAAUCGAGUGACAAUGUUGAAAUUGUCAAUACUCAUAAUGGAACAGUGGUGUUCUGCGAAGGGUAUCACCACUGUUGUUUCCUGACAACAGAGAAGAAAGCUUCAAAGAUUUCUAAGAAAACAGAAGAGGUGUGUGUGAAACCUUCUGGGUUUGAUGAUAUGUUUCAAAGCUGGUCGUCGGCGUCUAAUAUUGAUUACUCUAGACUGAGUAACGAGCAAUUCAUAAACCUCCUGAAAAAUUGUCAACCACAAGAAUUUGAAAACUACUCUAAGUUUAAGGAGCCUUUAAUGAGGAGCGAGUCAGGCAUAAACAUUGCAGACUUUGAUGAGUUUGAGAGAUGUAUUCUCAAUGUUGCUCCAGAAUUCUGCCGGCACGUUCUUCUUUUGGUGGGCGGUGAAACAGAACUAGUGAAUGCAUGCAAGCCGAAUUCAUUCUCUAACAUGGACAUCGACGCCGACGGGUUUGACCAACUGCAUGGAGAACUUUCAGCUAUUUUAGCAGGGAAGGAUAAUGUUUGCCGUGGAGAUCAGAGGUUGUUGUUGCUUGGAUCGGACAUCGAGUUCGUAUCUAGUGACGGUGAGCAUGUGAUUACCGUUGAAAGUAUGGGCCAAGAAAAACAGACGCCGCCCUUUAUAUCUUAUGGACAAGAAGUAGAUGCCAAAUGCUCCAGUCAGUGUGCCUGCUCCACAAAGAUCAACGGAAAGGCGAAGUUUGUACAACCUAGCAGCUCCAUUAAAGACUUCCCUCUCUCAGGUGAGAUUGUUACAAUUGUAUUCUUUCCUGUUACUAAUAAAUCGGGUUUUGAGAAGGAAAUAGAAGGGGAGGUUCAUCUUGUCAAUAAAAUUGCCUCUUGCAUUGCAAUUCGUAGUUGGGUAGAAAACAUGGUUCCUAUUGAAUUGAGAAGCUUAGAAAGAAAUAUAGCUUUCGCUGCCUUCUUGUUAGCUUUUGACAAGUCUCUAGGUCUAACCUUUAUAGAAGAACACUUGACGACUAGAAACACACAAAUUCUGCCACCCGAAAUACAAGUUCACUUUGAGAAGUUUUGUAGUGUCCACCCUGCUCAGUUGACAGUCGAUCUAGACGCCCUCUCACAUCAUGACAUUCUCAAAACCGUGUGUUGUCAAGUCUAUAAGGGCCAUGAAGACAAGUUUAGGGAAAACAUAAAGGAGUUAUGGAGUCGUUUGUUUCGGAAGGGGCAAUGUUUUGGCAACACUCGACUGCGAAAAAUGGAGGAUGAGUUUAUAAGAGAAUUGAAGAAGAAGAUGUCAGCGUUUGAGAACGACAAUUUAGUGACCAGGUUUAUUGAAGAAGUUACUGUUGGACGUCAGGCACGUUCAUUUUGGCCAGGGCGGAUUGCGUGUAGUGAACAAGUGGAGCUGAAGGUGAAGGUGUCAAUUGAAGAGAAACAUGCGUUACAGAUUGUUUAUAAAGUAUGUGACUUGACUCCAGUGAGAAAAGACUUAUCCGAGGUUAAUAACAACUGCAAGCGUCCAAUUGUCCCGACAUGUGGAGACCCACUACAGUUGGCAGUCAUUAAUCCUCAGCAUGAAAGGUUAUUUAAAGUUGUGGUCCUCAAGUCAGGAGAGCUGAUGGUUUUUAUUCACAGUUUUAGAGAUUCCUCCUUGUAUCUGUACCGUGGUCCCAAGACUGGUUUCUACAUCAAUAACAUGGGUUAUCCUAUUCAUGCAUUUAGGAGGGGAUUCGAUUUGGUGGCUGUAGAUGAAACUAUCAGAUCAAUGGCUCUCUACGAAAAAGAGAAAUGUAGGAUUUUAAUAUAUAAGUUUGAUGAAUCAUUUAUGAAGGCUGAUUCGACGGGAGUUGAGGUCAAUCUAGAAUCGUUUGGAGGGAGCAAGAUCAUUAUAUGGAUGCAUUUCAUUCCAGGGAAAAUGGAGCUGCUCUUGGUUGAUGACACCAACAGUGCAUGGGUGGUUGAAAUCCACAAGGAGCCGAUGAUUAAAGACAAGCAUAUUUCUCUUCCUCUACAGCAGCAGCCUUUGAGAGCAUGCAUUUCAGUUGAAGGCUAUUUCUUCCUCGUCUUCAGGCAAUUGCAACGUCAGGGUGAAGAUAUUGAUGACACGGCUACAAGAUAUACAAGGUCUGAAAACAUACUUGAUAUUUAUGUUUUGGGUGAUAUCAUGAGCUACUUGAAGUCAAUACCUUUGAAUGCGAUAGAAUGCAGCAUAUCUGAUUUGGAACAACUUACGGCAAAGGUUACGAGCUUCGGAUCCCAAAUUCAUCUUUUUCUAUGUAGUCCUGUAGAUGCUCCCGGUGUUAUCUAUUCCAAUGUUCUGAAAAUUUCUUUAGCUAAGGAAAUUGAGCACUUACAACAAGCAAGUCAGAUUAAAGCUCAUGAAGAUGAAACUGAAGAAACAGAAAUUGUUGGCUCGUGCCCUUAUUUGGGGUACAUAUAUCGCAUUUUCGACAAGUUUGCCAUAGAACCUAAGUUGUUUCCAAGUACUAAGAAGUGCAUUACAUUCAAAGUAAUACUAGAUAGUGGCAGAUCAGAUCGCAGCAAUACAGAAGCAAGCAUAAAAUAUUUGACAGCACUUAUUAGACAACUUAUGGUUAGAAAAGGAGAGGAUUUUUCAAGUACGAAGAUACAAGUUCAAGUGGAUAAUAUAGAGAAUUACCCAAUUUCAGCUGCAACAGAGCAACAGAAACAUAUGAAAAUGGGAAUGUGGAUUCGCAAGCUUCUUUGCCUUGUUCCCAUCAAAAUAGCUCGUGUAGAAAAUAAUGCAAUGAUAGCUCUCACGGAUGGACUUCCAAUAUCCACUGAUGUUAGCUAUGUAGGCAGCUUAUCAGUUGCUGUCUCUAUACGCUUUGGGUUUUAUGAUGCUGUUCUUAGCAGUUGGAAGGGCAAGAUUAAGGUUAUAUCUUCCAUUGGAAAUCGAAGCAGCGGAAAGUCAUAUUUGUUGAAUCAUCUGUCAGGGUCUCUUCUUGAUGUUGGAGGUGGCAGGUGUACAGAUGGGGUAUGGAUGACCGUGGCAACAGGAGAAGAUGAAGAAGGCAGCGGAGAAAGCGGGUUCUUGUAUGUGCUCUUAGACUUUGAAGGGCUUGGCAGUUUAGAGAGGAGUGAACAAGAGGAUUCGCUUCUCUGUGUUCUGAAUGCCGCUGUCAGCAACAUCACAAUAUUCAACAAAUUGGGUUUUCAUUUUGAUAAGGUUACAGAAUCCUCUUUCAGCCAGCUCCAGAGUGAGAUCAAUCUUCUCAAGCAUGACAAAAAGCUAUUUAAAGGUCUAUUUUACAUUGCCAUCAAGGAUGUAGACACAUCUGAUGUAGAAGAUCUUAUUCAAGAAUUCCAUGAGAAGAUUUCUCAAAUAUGCAGCAAAUCAGAAGAAAAUUUAAUUUUGGAUAUGUAUGACAGAAAGACCGAGAUUGUAGCUAUGGUUCCUUAUAACAGAUCUGAGUAUUAUACAGAGAGCCUGAGUAAUCUAGUGGAUACAGUGGCAGAAAGAAACGAUUUUUGCUAUGGCAACGGAUUCGCCUUCUUGAGGGAUCUGAAGCUUAUCAUAGAGCAAAUUUCAAAAAAAAACUGGACUUCUGUUGGCAGCAAGCGAGUUGCUGUAACACUUGAUAUACUGAGGAGAAAUCUUAUCUCUGCGAUCAACAUGGGAUGUCUUUCUGUGAGAAAUGCGAAUGAAGAAUUGCGAGUGUUGGAUAAUUUCCAUACACAGGAAGAAGUUCCUGACCCUGCUGUUGUCUUUUGGGACUAUUCAUGGAACAUAAGAGAUUCAGGACUCUUUCUGUCACCGUGUACAGAGUCAGCAACUCCUGUUACCAUGAGAGAAGUUUUUUCUCAACUCAGGUCUAAACUGGAGAUAGUUAUACCCAGGGAUGGUAGCAACGCCGAGGAAUGGCAUUCUUUAUUCGAUAAGUCCCUGGAGGCGCUGGUAGAGAGAAGGCAUCACAGAGUUCAACAAUGGAUAAGUUCAAACACCACAGAAUUCCAUGAUAAUGCUGAGGUACAACAAUUGCAGCUAGAGGCUGAUGUAGCUCUUGGCAAAAUAAAGGAAGGCCUAUCAGUUUGUGGAUGUAAAUGUUCUGCCUGCUUUUGGAGGUGUUUGAUGGAGAAGGGCCAUAAUGACCACCAUUCUUGUAUGUGGAGUCAUUCGUGUACAGAAUGUUGCAGUUUUUGUGCUCGGCAAGUGGACAUCUUUUGUUGCUGUUAUUGUGUUCCAAAAACAGGUAGAAAAAGAGGCAUCUUAAGCUUAUGCAGGGAUUUGGCAGGGCAUGGAGGAUUUCACGAUUGCAGAAGGAAAAAGCAUACAUGCGGCGAGAGGUGUUACUUAUAUGGAGUCUCUUCUUAUUGUAAUGAGCUAUGUUCACUGAGGUCUCGGCACCAGGGCCAGCACAAGUGCAAUUCUCCUCGACACAUGUGCAGUACAAAAUGCUCUCUUCCAACCUGCUGUAAUUCUUGUGCUCUACCCAUUGAAUCCAACCAUAUAAGGCAUGAGUGCCCUGAGAGAUAUUGUCAGAGCAAAUGCACGAUAGAUGGGUGCAGCAGAACAUGUGGAGUAGAAGAUCAUUUCCAUGAUUUGAAUCUAAAUGCCGAGCAUUUUUGUGGGAAAGAGCAUGUUUGCACCCACGAAUGCGAGAAGCGAGGAAUAUGUGAAAUCUUUACAGAGCUUGUCAAACAAACCCAGAUUUUUCAGGGCCAAAGGGGAUCUUUCGAGUAUGAAAUUGUCUCAGAACAAAAUGGCCUGCGCAAAGGGUGUUGCAUUCCCAUUCCUCCUUUCAAAAGAGAUCAUGAAGGUCCCCAUGUUCACACACAAAAAAAGGAUUCUGUGCAUUUUUGUGAGACGAGAUGCCCAUCUUGUGGCGGCUACUGCCACCUCCCAAUUGAUCACUUAGGCUUGCACGAUACAGUGCAUGGCAGUAUGAGAAACGUAAGAUUCAUUUCAGAGGGCGAAAAUAUUGACAUUGAAAAUCGCAAAUAUAAAUGGGGAGAGACAGGAGAAGCAGAAAUGUGUAACAUAUAUUGCAAGAAACAGGGUCGAGGGCAUAUCCAUCUGGUUCCUUGUCCGGGCUCCGGCAAAUGCACCGGCAACCUUUAUGAUGGUUCAAGGCACGAAACAGUGAAGUAUGGGCCUGAUGUGGAUGUUCCAAAAGAUGAGAUGACUCACAAGACUUUCUGGCAAUAUGUUGGGUUUGUUGAUCUAUGCACGGAGGAGGAGAGGGAAGGGUUUGACUGUUGUAAUCACUAUUGUAUAUCUGCGGAGCAUCAGACAGAAUCAGGUACUUUUGAUAAAUCAUAUUGCACUGCUAAACUAUGGCACCCAGCUAUCAAGAGCACUGGAGAGGAUUUGAGCUCUGUAGGCUAUAUAACUGACGAUGGCCAUCAUUUUGGCUGUUAUCAUUCAAAGAAGCUUCCUCACCAUGUCAUAUUUAUCAUAGACAGAUCAGGUUCAAUGAACGACUCAGACAUCAGUCCCACCCUGCCAAAGUUUAAUGACCAUAGGCACCGGCUUGGAUGCGUAUAUGAGGCCAUUCUGAGAUUUAUACAAGGCCGCCUUAGAACAGUUUCUAAUGAUUCUGUAUCUGUGGUUCUAUUUGAUGAUAAUGCAAAUGUAGUGUUAGAGAUGGAAGAUUUGAAUGAAGGUAUUGUUGAUCGCCUUCUUAAGUAUGGCCCUGGUGGGGGAACUACCUACACAGCAGGGUUGAGUGCUGCAGAGACAAUAUUGAUGAAAGGGGUCCAGCAUCACAAUGUUGAUGUGAAGAAACCAUUAAUAUUCUUCCUGAGCGAUGGGGAAAACUGGGAUGGGGAGGCUCCUGUACAAAUUGUGGACAGAAUGAAAAAAGCAGAUCCGAGAAUGAUACUUCAUACAAUUAUGUUUGGAACAAAUACGACAACAAACAUCCUGAUUGAAAUGGCAAAGAAAGGAGGCGGAACCUUCGAGCAAACAUUAGAUGCGAACCAGUUGGCCCAUAGCUUUGAGAAUCUACAUAAAAGUCUAAAACCUCAAGUUGCAGCUUUGAUGCGGGCGCCGGACGCCUUUCAGGACCGUGCUUGUUUGAGAAGUUGAUGUUUAACUUGGAGGGUAUUUUAUGUAAGGUAAUCAGUUUUGUUCUAGUGUUAGUUUUAUGUUUACAGUGUGUUCUGGCGAAAGCAAGCCAAGCAGGGAGCAAGAAAAUGAAUGAUAGAGAUGAGGCAGAGAAUGGAAUAAAGCUCAUACAUAUAUAUGUAGAUUUCAAACAUACGAAAUUUGGUUGCAUAAAAUAGAAUUCAGGAACUGCUGCUCACUGAUUUUACAUAGCAGAAUACUAUAUAUGAAAUCCCCCGUUUUGAGUA